CAUUGAAUAAAGCCACGAAGUUAGCCCAAGCCCAAAAUCAACAAUCACAAUUCACAACCCAAACCAGAAACCAGAAACCAGAAACCUUCGUUUUCUCUUUCCAACAAUGGCGGCAGCAAAAGAGCUCAGGAAACCAGUCAUGGCGACAGUACGUCUAACAAUCAACGCCACUCAAGCUAAACCAGGUCCACCCGUGGGAGCAAUUUUAGGUCAGUUAAAGCUCAAUCUCAUGGCUUUUUGCAAGGAUUUCAACGCCCGUACUCAAAAGUACAGUAUUGAUACUCCCAUGUCUGUCUCCCUCAUCGCAUACAAGGAUCAAACCUUCGACUAUGUCAUCAAAUCUCCCACUGUUUCCUGGUUCCUCAAAAAAGCUGCAGGUAUCGACUCCGCUAGUACUCGCCCUGGACAUAUUGUCGCUUCAUCGGUAACAUUGAAACAUGUUUAUGAAAUUGCAAAUAUUAAGAAGGAAGAUCCCGGCUGUAAGCAUUUGGAGGUUGAGAGUAUUUGUAAGUCUAUUAUUGGUACUGCUAAAUCUAUGGGGAUUAAGGUUGUUAAAGAGUUGGAAUGAAUUGAAUUGAAUUUUGGGAGAUUUUUUAGGGUUAGGAUUUUAAGGCAUUUUUGUUAUUGUGGAUCUUGUAAUUGGAAUCCGAUCGGAUUUGGAUUUCUGAUGUUGGAGUGGUUUUUCUUCUAUGAUUUACAUGUAAUGUAGACAAAUUAUCAAUAUAUUUCAAUAAUUUUGACAUUGUUGUGUUCAAUUUAUUAUUUUCUUCGGUGAA